AUGGACAACACAAUCCAUGAAGUCUUCCUAUCACCCGCAAUGGCUCCAAUUACUCCAUGUUCUCUUCUUUCACAUAAUCGACGUUAUGCUGUUGAUGGCGAGAUCAUGGCGUUUGUUGUAAUUAUUGUUUUCUCAAUCUUCAUCUUCUUCCUUAUUAUCGCCCCUCAUCUCAUGCAGCUAAGAAGAAAUAGCAGAAGUUUUGCAACAGUUGACCAGAAUCAUGGUGAUGUGUACCAAAGGAACCGGAAUCAUGAAGAUAUCGUUUGA